AUGAGUAAUAGUGGAGUAUGUUUUGAAGAAAGCAACAACCAAGGCAAACAAAAUCAGAGUAAAAUGGAAAGUCCUCUGCCGAAAGUUACUCAAGGCCUGUCCAAGGAUUCAGCAAGAAAACAGAAGUCAAUCACAAAAACUAACAGGCAUCUGAAACUGUCUAAAGGUAAGUUUGCCACUUCAACAAUCAGUGGUUCUGCUGGAGGGAAGGGGAAGGACACAGCUACUGUUCUACAGGACAGGAUGGGUUCAACAGAAGAUUCAAGUGCUGUUGAUUUGGAGUCGCUUGGGACCAGACUUGACCAUAUCGUUCCAUCAGCUGGCAAAACAAGAAAGAAAAUGGUGAAACACCUCUGUGACAGGAAAUGUUUGGGGGACAUGGCUGACAUCCCAGAGAAGUUCAAGGGAAACAACCCACUUCUUAUACCACUCUUCUUUGGAUGGGAAAGGCAUUUGGCAAAAAUUAAGCCGUACGAUACACAUGUGGUGUUCUAUCGCGCCCCUUGCGGCCGACGCCUCCGUAACCUCAUGGAACUGGACCGCUACCUGCAAGAAUUGGACAGCCAACUGGCCAUUGACCUCUUCUGCCGCGACCCUGAGCUCCGUCUCUAUAAUGAAUUCAACCCUGUAAAGGACAUCUCCUACGGCAAGGAGAAUGUUGUGAUCUUGUGUGUGAACGAAGUUGACGCCGAACAACCUGACAACGUGGAAUACUCCUACCAGAGGAUCCCUGUGACAUGGGUGAAGCUCAACCUGGACCCAAAUUUCCUUGUUUGCUGUGACUGUAAAGACAAUUGCAGGGUUCGUUCUAAAUGCGCCUGUCAGCAGCUGACUGUAGAAUCGUCUGCUGUGAACAAUCGUGGGGAACCAAUCCCAGAUGCAGGGUACUUGCACAGGCGACUGAGGAAACAACUGCUGUCAUCUGGGGUAUAUGAGUGCAAUUCACGAUGUAAGUGUGAUAAACGCUGUGGAAACAGAGUUGCACAGAAUGGACUUCAAAACAGACUUCAAGUGUUCAAAACUGAGAAAAGUGGAUGGGGAUUACGUUGCCUGGACGACAUUCCCUUCGGAGGGUUCAUAUGCAUAUAUGCCGGGCAGUUGCUGACGGACCAGGCGGCAAACGAAGAUGGGAAGAAAUACGGAGACGAAUACCUCACAGAUUUAGACUUAAUUGAGAAGGCAGAGCGAAAGAAGGAGGGCUAUGAGAGCAAUGUGGAAAACAUUGAAGAUAUUGCGGACCAUGAAGCGGACUUUGACUCAGAAGGCUCGGCCCAUAAGUCCGACUCAGACGAAUCAUUCAAAGCUGUGUCAUUUCAAAAUAAGAAAUCAAAUGAAGCACUUCCAGAAAAGCGUCACCUGACAAGGUUGGCUGAGAAGUCUGUUAAGAACAAGCAGACAGCUCAGAAGAGUAGUUCCUCCUCUCCAGCCUCUGCAAUACGCUCCCCGGACCUUCCUGAUCUCCAUGACACAGGUCCCACUGGUGGGUGCUCAGAUUGCUCAGGUGAGCUUUUGUGA